AUUUUUUCUUGUUUAUGUUCUCAGAACUUUUGAAGUACACCUAGGAUAUUCAUUACGAAAUUCGAGAUUCGAUUAAACCCCUCGAUCGCCAGACAGCUUCUGAUUUUUUCCUACGUCUAAAAGGAAACGUUACUGUAAAACAAACUCGCUUAUGUAUAUGAAAGAUCGACGUUUCACAUGGUUGGUUGUAUUAUUAUUAUGCGAGCAUGUGCUGCUAUCGCAUUUCUCGCCAGUGUAUCCAGUUUCGGUUCAAAAUAGAGUUGGAAUUUUAAUGCAUUAUAGAAGGGUGCUUACUGAAAGGUUUACGAAAGAGAAGAUCCUUCUUCUGGCAACGUUUUUUCUCUUAACGAUUGGUUUUUCACGAGGUAUAAAUUGCAGCGGUGAUCCCUGCAUGUACGGAAUUUGUUUAGAAGACGCGAACAGCACUUAUUCUUGCUACUGUAUCGACGGUUACACUGGAAUCAAUUGCGAGAUCAAUUGGAAUGAUUGUUGGUCGAAUCCUUGCCUCAACGGAGGGACAUGCAACGAUGCUGUUGCAGCUUAUAAUUGCACCUGUACUGAAGGGUUUGUAGGUAUAAACUGUGAACAAAGAUAUAGCGAAUGUUCGAAUCAACCAUGCCUGAAUAACGGGACUUGCCUCGAUUACGAUGGUAUUACCUGUCAAUGUCCUGAUGGAUAUUCAGGAGACUAUUGCGAAAUCGAUGCUUCGGUUUGUAACGAUACAAUAUGUAAAAAUGGAGGUGAAUGCGUGGAAGGACCUGGAUUCUCUUUUUUUUGUCGCUGCUCGGAAGGUUGGACAGGUCGAUUGUGCGACGAAGAUAUUGAUGAAUGCAUCACAUCGCCGUGUAAGAACGGCGGUCUUUGCAUUAACAUUCCUGCUUCGUACACUUGUGCUUGUUUAUUUGGAUAUACUGGUAAAGAUUGCGAUAAAGCCAUCGUACCGUGCGAAGAGAAUCCUUGCGAAAAUGAUGCAGUAUGCUUAUUUGAAGACGAGCGACCAGUCUGUUACUGUGUACCAGAUUAUCAUGGUGCGUUAUGCGAACUAAAAUACGACGACUGUGAGUCGAAAUUUGCAAAUUGUGAGAACGGAGGCACUUGUAUCGACGGUAUCAAUAGCUUCACUUGUGCUUGCCCAACGUUCUACAGUGGACCAUUUUGCAAUGUCUACGAUCUUCCAUCGACUUUCUCCACUAUCGAAGAAACACUCGAGACUGAUAACGAUCAAAGGAGUAUUACUCUUACUUCUUUUACACCAAAAUCAUCGACACUGCCAGAAAUCGAGACAUCAUCGUCAAUUACUGCUUCCACGACAGCACAGUCUUCGACUUCUCUUAAAAGCACUAGUCGUCUCUACACAGUAUGGUACCCUUUUAUAGAAACAACGUCUUCGACUGAUAAGAGUUUCGACUUUCUUAGUAGCAGUAGCGGUACCACCGUUAGUAGCAACAUUGGUGGUAGCAUCACAGAAAGUACUCCGUUUGUUACCGAUGUCUCGGCUGUGUAUUCUGUUACAAGUAAAGAGAUAUCUCAAACUGAAACAGUCCCGUUAGAACUUCGAACAUUUCCCAGUGUUUCAAGCGAAGUCUAUUCGGUAACGUCGCCCAUAAAAGUUGAGACAGAAUAUUUGACACAGAAAUCGAUUCACAAUGAAACGACUACGACUGAAAUUAUUUAUCAUGAGAACGGUGACAGGAUGUUCACGUCCACCGGCGAUACGACUCCCGAAACUAGUAGCACGACGAGAUAUGUUCCAAGUACAGGGCAUUAUCCAGAUGUAACUGCAUCUGUUGGAAGAACGACAGAGGAAUCUACGACGACAGAAAGUGAAAGAAAUAAUGGUUCAUUCCCUACCGUUGCAUCCUCCUCCAAUUUUACAGAGUUUUGGCAAAAUAAAAGCUCUGACUCGAGUACGCCAAUAACAGAAGUGCCAAGAACUAUACCUCAGACAUUUACGGAUAAGUGGACCUCUACAGAAUUAACAAAAUCUUCAAGUACAGAAGUGGAAAGUUCUACGCCCGCCUUCGCUAACAAUAUAUCUUCAUCUGUAACAACUAGCAGCUCUGUAAAACCAAUAUACGAUGAGAAUACUACCGAUAGUGACCAUGAACAAUAUUCAACGAAAACUGAAUCGCCAACAACUUCAAAGAGUACCAUAAUUCCUGAAUGCCAUGGAAUUUUGUGUUCAAGUUCCACAAUAUCACCUACGCGCAAUGAUAGCGAUUGUAACUGUUCACGCCGUGAAGAUUGUAAACCUGGACCAAGUAUAAUACGGGCGGCGUUUAAUGGAAAAUCAUACGCGAGACAACACGUUGAUGUAGAAAUUUCAAACGACAAUAACGCAACAUUAAAAAUUUUUGUCAGGCUUCGAACACGUUAUAAGGAUGGCAUUAUAUUGCAUGUUUAUUUCGACGAUGAAAAAUACGCAUUGGUAUAUUUGGAAUAUGGUUCUUUAAAGUUUCAAUUUUCCUGCGGACUUGAAACUAUGUUAUUGGGUGAAAUAGAUUCGCCUAUCGAUAACGGGUAUGAAGCGGAUAUUGAUACGAGGUUUCAAUAUUUCAUGAAAAAUGAAACUAACAAAUGUUCGGCUCGUUUGCUAGUAAAUGGAACAACGGCAGUCAGUGGAGAACAAACUUUACCAUUACGUGGAAGUCUUCCACGACAUGCCAAUUUACAUUUAGGUGGUAUACCAUUGGUAUUUUCUCACUAUUUCGCUCACGUCUCUAUGGGAUUUACUGGCUGUAUGAACUCAUUGAAAAUAAACGAUAUACCACGUCAUUUCAUCCGUGAUUCCACAGAAACGUUUCAAAUUGAAGAUUGCACAUCGUUUCUGUGCUUAUCAAAUCCAUGUCAAAAUUUCGGUGCGUGCGAAGAAAUAAAUGGUGCAAUACGUUGUAGAUGCAUAGCUGGAUAUACAGGCCCAUUUUGUGAACGUUCAACGUGCGAUGAAAAUCCUUGUGCCUUGGGUGCAACUUGUAUUAGUUCACCGGGUACGGGUUUCGUUUGCGUUUGCCCACUUGGAACUCAUGGGCUCUUAUGCGAGGAAGAUACUGUUAUAAUGCGACCAUCAUUUUCUGUACUUGUACCUGGAUUCUCAUCAUACAUUGCUUACGGCAUUUCAAAUUCUAUAAAAGAUGCAAUGGAAUUGAAAUUGAAGGUCAUACCGCGUACUUACGAACAAAUAUCUUUGAUAGCUUAUUUAGGGCAAAGUGGAUCACGCCAAGAUCUAUCAGAUCAUCUUUCCAUAACAUAUGUUCGUGGUUAUAUUAUGUUAACCUGGGAUUUAGGAGCAGGCGUUCGUAGAAUAUUUACAAAUGUUCCAUUGAGUGCUGCAACAAUGACAGCAACAGCAAGUAAAAGUCAUAUAGCAUAUACGAUUAGAAUCGGAAGAAAGGGUCGAGAUGCAUGGCUUGCAGUGGAUGGUAUAGGCAAUAUAACUGGGCGAGUGGUUGGAACCAUGACACGACUCGAUGUAUCACCAAUACUUUAUAUCGGUGGACACAAAUCAAAAAAUUUUGAAUCUUUACCUCACGAUUUGCCCCUUCAUACUGGAUUUUCUGGUUGUAUAUUUGACAUUGAAUUACGCACAGAAACCGCUAUUUAUCCAAUAACCAAUUCAAGUCCUGCAACAGGUCGUGGCGUUGGUGAAUGUCAUAGAAAUGAAUGCAUUCGUCAUUUAUGCAAAAAUGGUGCAGUAUGUUUAAAUCAUGGAGCUACAUAUAGUUGUAUUUGUACAAAAGAAUGGAUGGGAUCUGAUUGUUCCAUACCAGUAGAGGCAUUAUCUUCUGUUGACCCAUCUUCUUGUCAUACUUCAAACUAGUAAAAAAAUUGUUACUUUUUCAUUUCAUUCCAAUACACCACA